UGAAUGUUGCAGUCAAAGUAAAUUUGGAGCAUAAAUAAACUUCUCUCAAUAACACAACGGAAAGUGUGAUACUUGAAAUUAAGAGAAUUAUCUAAUUAAAAAAUAAUGAAAAUGACAACAAAUAUGUUAUAAAUAAGAAUUCCUUUUGGUUUUAAUGAAGAAUUAACAUUUCUCAAAUGUGGUAUUAUUAGAUGUGAAAAACAGAUGGAUCUUUUAACAGAAUUAAAAUGAGAAAGUAACAUUUCAUUGGUAAUUCCUGUUGGAAAUAAGUAUUCUAAGGUGUUGAAAAACAAUAUUAUAAAUAUUAAAAUAUGGCAACAGUGAUCAGUCUUUGUCUACUGGUACUUAUAAUCAACUGUGUACAGAGCCAGUACCACAGACGAGACUUGGACAUUUGUGAAGUAGCUAUACACAAGAGCAACUGUAGCAUCCAGACAUAUGUUACCAAUACACAGUCCGACCUGACAACAGGGAUUAACUCACUUACAGAACGGUACAAAAAAUUAGAACACAAACUAAGCAAGGAGAUGAAGCAGCUCUCAAAGCGUGUUCUUCGUGGAGCGAGAAAACUUGAGAGUCUCGUCAAUGAAUUUGUUGACACCGGGAAAAAGGGUUCAUGGUCAAGGUCAGGGCAGUGUCCAGAAGGGUUUGUUACCCAUGACGACAAAUGGCUAAGCUGUUACAUGAUGUCCAGUUUUAAUGCAACUUGGUACGAGGCUCGGGAGAUAUGUACGGCCCUAGACAGCGACCUUGUCUCGCUGAACUCAGUCAAGGAACACUUCCUUGUAUCAUUCUUCAUUAAGAACAAUGCAGAAUACAACAAGGCGGCGGGCUGGUGGACCAGUGGUACUUAUGUGACCAAGACAAAACAGUGGGUUUGGGCCUCAGGUUUGGAAACGCGCCCAUUCACCUUCAUCAAGUGGGCCGUCAAUGAGCCAAACGAGGAGCACGACCGCGAGCUACAGUGCGUCAUGAUGUACCACCUUGAUAAGCUACUUUGGCAUGACCAGAUAUGUUCAGACAGCUACAACUUUGUAUGCGAGAAAACUAUGACCUGAGCCUCAUAUGCUAGGGACUGGUUUUUUAAUUGUGUUUGGAUAAAAUUUUAAUGUAUUGCGAUAAGUGUAUUCAUUUUGUAGAUAAUUUUUAAGUCUUAUUAUAGAUUGUAAAUAAAGUAUGAGAUUACCAGCAAAACAUAAUUAUCUUUUAAAUUAAUUCUUAAUUAUGUAUCCAAUAGUAAAAAUCCACUUUCAAAUACACACAUGUAGUUGAACAAC